AUGUCUUCGGCCAAGUCGACCAACGAGCCCAUCGCGGUGAUCGGCUCCGCCUGUCGCUUCGCGGGCGGUUCCAGCAGCCCCUCUAAGCUAUGGGACCUGCUCAAAGAGCCCCGUGACGUGCUGAAAGAUAUCCCAGACAGCCGCUUCAGCGCUGAGGGCUUCUACCACCCUGACGGCUCGUACCACGGCCGCUCCAACGUCAAGGCCUCGUAUCUCAUCGAGGAGGAUGUGCGGACCUUUGACGCCCAGUUCUUUGGCAUCAAGCCUGUCGAGGCCGGCGCUAUCGACCCACAGCAGCGCCUGUUACUAGAGACGGUGUACGAGGCGCUCGAGUCGGCGGGGCAGUCAAUCCAGAGCCUCCGCGGCAGCGACACGGGCGUGUACGCGGGCCAGAUGUGCAGCGACUUUGAGUUCCUAGCAUACCGCGACCUCGAUGAGCUGCCCACGUACCAUGCCACCGGCACAGGCCGCAGCAUUAUGGCCAACCGCGUCUCCUACUUCUUUGACUGGCACGGGCCGUCGAUGACGCUCGACACGGCUUGCUCGUCCAGCUUGUACGCCGUGUACCUCGCGGCCCAGGCGUUGCGGUCGGGCGAGUCGCGCGCAGCCGUCGCGUGCGGGACCAACCUUCUCCUUGGACCCGAGUACUUUGUCAGCGAAAGCAAGCUCAAUAUGCUGUCACCGGACUCGAGAUCGCGGAUGUGGGAUGAUGCGGCGAAUGGAUAUGCGCGAGGAGACGGUGUGGCUGCAGUGGUUGUCAAAACACUGAGUGCCGCACUUGAAGAUGGCGACGAUAUUGACUGCAUCAUUCGCGAGGUCUGCGUCAACCAGGAUGGCGCCACAAGCGGCAUCACCAUGCCCAGCGCCAAGGCGCAAGCCGCGCUCAUCCGGCAAACAUAUACCAAAGCCGGCCUCGACUACCUUGGCGACGGCAGACCCCAGUACGUCGAGGCGCACGGAACCGGGACGCCAGCUGGUGACCCGAUCGAGGCCGAAGCGCUCAGUACCGCCUUCUUCCCAGAUGGUACCCCACAGGCACAGUCACAGCAGCCGAUCUAUGUCGGCUCAAUCAAGACGGUCCUGGGCCACACCGAGGGAACCGCCGGAGUGGCGGCCUUGAUCAAAGUGUCGCUGGCGCUUCAGCAUGGUUUGAUUCCGCCAAACAUGCACUUCAACCAGCUCAACCCCAAAAUUGAGCCCUUUUACCACAGCCUCCAGAUCCCUACCUCCCUGGGCGAGUGGCCGGUUCUACCUGCAGGGCAAGCGCGCCGUGCCAGCAUCAACAGCUUUGGAUUUGGAGGUGCCAACGCGCAUGCCGUCAUCGAGAACUACAUUCCCGAGCUUCACAGUUCGAAUUUGAUAAGUCGAAAGACUCUACUCUCUCCACAACGACCCGCGGCACUUCCCUUUGGAGUGUAUGGUCAUGGUGGGCUGCUGAUUGAUACCAAGAGUGAGGGUGGUUUCGAUGACGAACACCAGCCCGAGCAACUUCCAAUGGGGCCCUACGUCUUCUCGGCUGCGUCGGAGCAAUCCCUCGUUGCCAAUCUCGAGGCCUAUUCUGCAUAUCUGGCCGGGCCAAGCGCCACCGCGCUCAACCCUCGCGACCUGGCAUGGACUCUGCGCCAGCGCCGUUCUAAUCUGCCUUUCAAGGUGGCUUUCCCGGCUGGCUCAAUCGAGCAACUCCGAUCCAGCAUUGACGCAAGGUUAGAAGAAGCCAAGUCCAACAAGACGGCGCUGGGACGGAGGUCAUUGCUGCCGCAGAACAGUAAGCCCCGAGUACUCGCCGUUUUUACUGGUCAAGGCGCACAGUACGCCCGCAUGGGAGCUGAGCUACUCAAUCGCUCUCCCAUGGCGCGGCAAACCAUCACCCAGCUCGAAGGGCAUCUGGCCGCCCUUCCCGAGUCGCAGCGGCCUCGGUGGUCUCUGGAGCAGGAACUGCGGGCCCCGCCCGCCACAAGCCGUCUAAACGAGGCCACCUUGUCUCAGCCUCUCUGCACGGCGCUGCAGAUCGUACAGGUGGACCUCCUACGCGUUGCAGGCGUCGAGUUCACGGGAGCCGUUGGGCACUCGAGCGGCGAGAUUGGCGCCGCCUAUGCCGCCGGUCUCCUGUCAGCCCGCGAUGCGCUAUUGGUGGCCUACUUCCGGGGCUUGACCGCGUCCAGCGCUGCCAGCCCCAGCGGCGCCCAUGUCAAGGGAGCCAUGAUGGCCGUGGGCACCUCGAUGGAGGACGCGGCCGAGAUUGUUGCCGAGUUCGAAGGCGCAGCCACGGUGGCGGCUUGCAACUCGUCGGCCAGCGUCACGCUCUCAGGCGACCAAGACGCCAUCGACGAGUUGGCCAUCAUUUUCGAGGACGAGGGGAAGUUCAAUCGCAAGCUCAAGGUCGACAAGGCGUACCAUUCGAGCCAUAUGCUGCCUUGCUCGGCGCCGUACAUUCAGGCCCUUGGCGGCAGUGGUAUCAAGGUGCGGGCUCCUGCCCCUGGCAACUCCAAGGGCCGCCCUGUCUGGUACUCCACUGUGUACCCAGACCUGGAUAUGUCUUCCCCUGAAGCGCUGGGAAAACUGCAAGAUGGCAGCUAUUGGUCUGACAAUAUGGUGCAGCCGGUGCUUUUCUACCAGGGGUUGAACAAGGCACUGGCGGCGACUGGAACGUUUGACCUCGCGAUUGAGAUCGGCCCGCACCCGGCGCUCAAGGGCCCAGCAACCCAGACCAUACAAGAGGCGCUGAACCGUGACAUCCCUUAUCAUGGCGUGCUCGCCCGCGGCACCGCGGCCGAUGUCGCCCUCUCUGCUGCUCUUGGCUUCCUCUGGAGCCAGGAGAGCACGUCCCAGUCACUGGUCAACCUUGAAUCGUUCGAAAUCGCCGCCGGCGCCGCCAAGAGCGACGGGUACCGAGUUUUGAAAGGGCUGCCCUCGUACCAGUGGAACCACGAACGGGCCUACUGGAGGGAGUCGCGACGCUCCCGCCGCCUUCGCACUCGCAAGGUGCGUGUCAAUCCCAUCCUCGGAGCCGUCGAGCCCGAGAUCUCGACCACGCAACAACGCUGGCGCAACAUACUCCGGGAGCGCGAGAUCCCAUGGCUGUCGGGCCAUCAGCUGCAGGGCCGCACGGUCUUCCCGGCUGCCGGAUAUGUAUCGACACUGAUCGAGGCUGUGCGCCAGCUCCCGCAGAUUGCCGAUGCCGGUGGUGAUAGUAGUAACACGAUUCGCUUGAUCGAUAUCUCCAACUUCCGCAUCUUGCAGGCCAUAUCCUUCGGCGAGGAUGACAGCGGCGUCGAGAUCCUGGUGACGCUGGAGAACAUCCUCAAGGACGACGAGCGCCAGAGCUUGCGGGCACACUUUACUUACUCCUCGGCUUCUGGUUCUGGGCGGGACCCCGACGCCUUUGCCUUGUCCGCGAGCGCCGACGUCGAGGUUCUGCUUGGCGAGCCCGACGAGAGCUUGCUGCCUGCGCGCCAGGCUGACCCGCCCAACUUGGUCGACGUGGCCGACGACCGCUUCUAUGGGACCCUGGCUGACCGCGGAUAUGGAUACACUGGGCCGUUCCGCGCCUUGUCUAGCCUUCGCAGGAAGCUGGGAAAGGCUGUUGCCCAGGUCUCCAUCCCGCCGCGGCGGCCAUUGGACGAAUCGGGAUCAGAAUCGUCAUACGAGAACACGCUUCUCGUUCACCCUGGCACGCUGGACGGCGCCAUCCAAGCCGUACUUCUUGCCUUCUGCCAUCCGGGCGAUGGUCAGCUUUGGUCACUGCACGUCCCCACCGUUAUGGAGCGGAUUCGGGUGAACCCAGCCCUCUGCGGGUCUGGCUGGGGAGAGGCCGAGUCCGUUCACGUGGCCGCCAUGUCGGAGGCUAGUGCCGAUGGUGAUAAGACAGGCAUGGCGGGCGACGUGGACAUCUUUGCUGCACCAAGAGGUAACUGGGCUGCAGAACACGCCGCCAUUCAGGUCGAAGGCGUACGCACCGUCCCUUUUGCUGGUGCGACGGCUGCCGACGAUGACAGGAUAUUUGGUAGGAUGCGCUGGGCGAACGGCAGUCCGGACGGCGACGACAUGUUGGCCUUGGAUGCUGAGACCACGCCGUUCGAACGCAACCUCGUUGUGGGCGCCGAGCGUGCCGCCCUCUUCUACCUGCGCGAGUUUGAGCGGGAUCUGGCUCCCGACCACCCCGUGAGAAGCCACCCAACCUACAGCCACUACCUCGCCUUUGCGCGUCAUAUGAACGGGCUUCAGAACCAGGGCCGCCACAAGCAUGCUCGCAAGGAGUGGGCCAGUGACACCCUAGAAGAUGUUCUCGCUGCUACGGAGCCCUUCAAGGACUGCAUUGACAUCCGCAUCAUCCACAAGGUCGGCGAGAUCAUGUCUCCCAUCUUCGAUAACACGGCGCCUGUCGUUCCGGAGCAAACUGUUCCCUUGCCCAUCGAGCUUCUGGCAGAGUACUACGCCGACGCCGUUGGCUCGAAUCAGUGUGCCCAAUGGCUGGGCCGAGCGGUGAAGCAGCUCGUGCACCGUUACCCGAACAUGAACAUCCUCGAGGUCGGCGCCGGGACCGGAGCCGCGACCAAGCCCAUCCUAGCCCACAUCGGAGCCCAGGGAUUCUCGUCGUAUACCUACACCGAUAUCUCAGCCUACUUCUUCGAAGAGGCCACCUCGAUCUUUGCGCCCUACGCGAAGCGCAUGAUUUUCAAGACACUGGACGCGGCGCGGGACCCCAUCUCACAGGGCUACACCCCAGGCUCGUACGACCUAAUAGUGGCAGCGUCCGUCCUUCACGCAACUCCAAGACUGGGGCAAACUCUGCGCAACCUCCGUCGGCUCCUACGCCCCGGCGGCUUCCUUAUCGUCAACGAAUCUACCAACAGCACAUUUGCCCGCGAUGGCUUCAUCUUCGGCACCAUGCCAGGCUGGUGGACAGGAAUGGACGAAGGCCGUACUCUCUCUCCGCUCGUGGGGCCCGAGCAUUGGGACGAGUUGUUGAGGGAGAGCGGCUUCUCGGGGGUGGACACGAUCACGCCUUUGGAGGCGGUCCAGGAGACGCACUCCAACGCCGUCUUUGUCUCGCAGGCCGUUGAUGAUACGGUCUCGUUUCUGCGUGAGCCGCUGUCGUCUCCUUUCCCCGGUGGUGGUGGUGGUGACGGUGCAAGUCUGCAAGACCUAGUCAUCAUAGGCGGGGCUACACUCCGCACGGGUCGCGUCGUGUCGGAAAUCAAGCGCGCCCUUGCUCCUCACGUCUCGGGCAGCGUCAUCACCUUCAAGCGUCUGCUUGACCUGCCUGCGGACUGGCACUCCAACCUGUCGCCAGACGCCUGCGUGCUAAGCCUCUCGGAACUUGAUUCCCCCGUAUUCGAGGAUCUGACGGCGGCCAGCUUCGACGCCCUCAAGAGGCUCGUGGCCGUCGAGCAUACCCUCCUGUGGGUCACGCGCGGCAAGCUGUCGGGUGACAGCGCCGCGUCCGGCAUGAGCGCGGGAUUCCUCCGCGCCGUCGUCCACGAGGUCCCCGGCCUCCGGGUGCAGUGCGUCGAUCUGGACCCCGAACUCCACCCUGGUGGUGGGGCUAACGGUCGAGCGGACGCCGCUCUCCUCGCCGAGGCGCUGCUGCGGUUCCGGCAUCUCGCCCGAAUCCAGACUCAGGUACAGACGACGCAGGCUCAGGAACCGCCGCUGUGGUCUGUCGAGCCCGAGAUCGCCGUGGACGCGCGUGGCCACCAGCUGGUGCCGCGCUUCCUGCCCGACAUUGACGCCAAUGAUCGGUUUAACUCGGCUAGGCGGACCAUUACGCGUGAGCUGGACGUGCGCGAGCUGACGCUGCCCAACACUACGGAGCUGCGUGCGACGACCGCAAUCAUCUCCCCGGUCGAUACUCCUCUUGGUCCGCUCUUCUUGACUUUGGGUCUGGAGGAGGAAGAAGAGGCCGGUGACUCCCGCUUCUUGGCCUUGGCCGAGUCUCUAACGUCCAGAGUCAGGGUCCCAAGGUCUGCCACCGCUCUUAUCGCCAACUCCAAGGGGCGUGUUACUACCUCGCCGUCGUCUCCGGGAAUCCGUGAGACUGAGGACGCAAAGCUCCUGGUCCAGGUUGCCGCCCACCUCCUCGCCGAGUCUGCACUCCAGGGUCUCGUGCCGGGCCAAAGCAUCACAUUCCACAACGCUUCGAGCGGUCUCGCGCGCGUGUUGGGACGGCGGGCGGCGGAGCGGAGUCUCAAUGCCAUCUUUACGACCAGUCGGGGUGCCGAGACGACUGGGGGAGAUCAUGCUGCUGCCACAACCAUCUCAAUCCCAGCUUUCUUACCAGCAAGGGAGAUACGAUCUCGGCUGCCCAAGGAUCUGGCUCGCUUCGUCAUCGCAUCGGCCCAAGACUCCCACCCGGCGGAGACAGAGAGAAUUGCGGCCGUGCUGCCUGUCAAUUGUCGCGUGGACCGUCUUACCACCGCCGCCUUCCAGGGCCAACCGGGCAGGGACCUGUCUGGAAUGUCACCUUCUCCUUACCGUUCCGCGACAGAAAGUGCCCAUGGAAUGUUGGGGGACACCCUCCAGCGGGCCCUGAAGCAUGCGCAAGAGGAUCUCAAGAUGCCGCCGCCUAUCGACGUCGAUGUCGAUUUCACGGUCCAUACUGUCAGCGCUAGCGACUUGACUGCUGCCACCUCGGUGCUCCAGGACCCUCUUGCAGUGCUCGAUUGGCAAGCUGCCCCCAUUGUGCAAGCCCGUAUCAGCCGGUUAGAUACCAAGCCUAUCUUCAAGUCGGACAGGACCUACUGGCUGGUGGGACUUUCGCGCGGCCUUGGACUUUCCAUUUGUGAUUGGAUGAUUGCCAAGGGGGCCAAGUACGUCGUCAUUAGUAGCAGGAGCCCCGAUGUGGAGGCUGGCUGGGAGGAGAGCUGCCGGAAGAAGGGCGCUGUUGUAAAGAUCUUUGCUAAUGAUAUCACCGACGGCAACUCUGUCGAGACCUUGUACAAGACCAUCUGCGACACUCUCCCUCCCCUCGCUGGAGUCAUGAUGGGAGCCAUGGUCCUCCGUGACCGACUUGUCCGUGACAUGACAUUCGAAGACAUGCAGAUCGUUCUCGGCCCCAAGGUAGACGGCAGUCGCCACCUUGACCGCCUACUAGGCGACCGUCCUCUUGACUUUUUCAUCUACUUCUCCUCCAUGAUGCAGGUCCUAGGCAACCUCGGGCAAGCCAACUAUGUCACCGCCAACGCCGCCUUCCCCGCCCUCGCUGCUCAGCGUCGGAAGCGGGGCCUGGCGGCCAGCAUUGUGGACAUCGGCGCCGUCUCGGGCGCCGGUGCCUUUGGCGUCUUUUCAAGCGAGUCGGCAGACAACGGCGAAAACAGCCUGCUCCUCGUCGGCCUGCGUCGCGUCUCCGAGAUAGACGUGUACCAGCUCCUCGCCGAGGCCAUUAACUCCGGGUACGGCCACCUGCCGCUGGGGCCGGGUGAGGAGCCGGCCAUCGGGCUCGGGAUGCGCUUUGUCUCGCCCGGUGAGCCCUCCCUUCCCAGGUGGUUCGGCAACCCGAAAUUCGCGGGCUUCGUGCUUCGUGAUGAGGACGAGGACAGUGCGCACCACGGCUCCGCAAACGGCAAGAACGCCGCCUCGGUGCAGGAGAGACUGCUCCAGGCGCAGAACACGACGCAGGUCCACGAGGCCAUCAGAGACUCGUUCCUUGCCAAGGUCCGGCCGAUGCUGCAGAUCGAGGGCGCCGACGACGACGCGCUCAUGAGGAUGCGCAGCAACGAGAUUGGCAUGGACUCGCUCAUCGCCGUCGACAUCCGCUCUUGGUUCCUCAAGCAGCUCUCCGUCAGCAUCCCCGUUCUCAAGAUUCUCAACGGGGUGUCGAUUGGCGAGCUCGUCGACGAGGCCGUGGCCAAGAUUUCCCCUGAGCUUGUCCCGAGCCUUAAUUCGGAUUCGGCUUUGCCUCCCAGGCCUACAUCCGCCGGAUCUUCGGUCCCGUCGUCAUCAUCGUCCUCGUCAUCAGUCCCCAACUCUCCAGCAAGUCCAGCCACCGAGGCCACCUCCCGGAUGUCGCACGAGACGGUCGGGGAGGCUGACCAGGACCUCGUCUCGCUCCCAAAAGGCAAGCAGUCCGAAAUACCUGCUGUCAUGACCAAACCGUUGACACUUGAAAGAUCCAUAAGCCUCUCGCACACCCAGUCCAUGUUCUGGGUGGUCCACUCGCUGCUCGAGGACAAGACCACCCUCAACCAUACGGGCUUCACUCGCAUGACGGGGCGGGUGCGGGUGCAGGACCUCAAGGCGGCCGUCCAGCAGCUCUCGAAUCGUCAUGAGAGCAUGCGCGCUUGCUUUUAUCUGGAAGACCAUGUCGUCAAGCAGGGCAUCCUCAAGACGGGCAGAGUAGAGCUGGAGCACAGGGAGAUAGGAAGCUACGAGGAGGUGGAGCAAGAAUUUGAUCAAUUGAAAAAGCACGUCUACGACCUUGCUCGGGGCAAAUUCAUGCGCAUCAUCCUCCUGACGCGGACCGAUUCCCCGACCGACAAUUACCUAAUGAUCGGCGCACACCACGUCAACUUUGACGGCAUGUGCACCCAGAUCAUCCUCCGCGACCUUGAGGCUUUCUACAGCCGCCGGGCUAAUUUGGCCCUGAGUUCGGCGGUCAACCAGUACAGCGCCUUCAUCGAUAAGCAGCGAGAGGACGAGAUCACCGGGGCAUGGGAUGGCGACCUUGCCUUUUGGCGUCGCGAGUUCGCCACCAUCCCCGAGCCGCUGCCGCUGUCGCGUGCCAGGGUCUCGGCACGGAAGCCUUUGCUGCGGUACGACGUGCAUUUGGUCGAAUUCAGGCUUGAUCCGGCCCUGGCGGAACGGGUACGGGCUGCGGCCCGGCAGCACAGGGGCGGCACCGCUUUUCAUUUCUAUCUCGCUGCGUUCCGCAUCCUCUUGCAGCGGUUCCUCAGCCUCGGCGCCAGCAGCCAUGGCGGCCAGCAGAAUCAGCCAGCGAGUAAUAACGGCGGUGAUGAUGAUGAUGAUAUCUGCAUCGGCAUCGCCGAUGCAAACCGACACGACGAAGAAACGCUCGGCAGCGUUGGCCCCUACAUGAACCUCCUGGCGCUGCGGUUCCAAGACCGGCCUGCCACGUUCGCAUCGGCACUUGCAUCGGCGCGCGACAAGGCCUUUGCUGCGUUGAGCCACGCCGCGCCGCCCUUCGACACCGUGCUGCAAGCCUUGCGCGUGCCCCGUGACGUGUCGCACGCUCCGCUUUUUCAGGCCUUCCUCGAUUACCGGCUCGGGUUUCCCGGCCAGCAGCCGUUUGCGGACUGCACGCUUGAGGCGCCGCGGUUCGAGCUCGGGCGGACAGCUUAUGACCUGAGCGUGGAUAUUAUUGAUACUAACAACAACAGCAGCGACGCCAGCAGCGCCACCGGAGAUGGAGGCGGAGGUAAUGAUGUGCUAGUGUCGGUGUAUGGACAGGCUGCUCUCUACGAGCAGGAGGAUGUUCGUGUCUUUGCUGCCUGUUUCGAGGACCUGAUUAGGGAGUUUGCGCAUGAACCGAGCAGGAGCUUGGUUGGGACCGGGAGCGAGUGGAGUUAUCGUGAUGCGGAUGUCACCAAGGCGUUGGAGCUCGGCAGAGGUCCCGCAUUUGAAACACGAUGGCCCGGCACGUUGGCACACCGGCUCGACGACGUGGUGGCCGCAAAUGGAGACAAGUUGGCUGUCCGGCUUGCAGUUACGACGACCGGCAGCGAGGGUGGUGAUUAUCUCACCUACAAACAGCUCGAUGACAAGACGAACGCCAUCGCUGCCGCGUUGAUGGAAAACGGCGUGUCCAGGGGCCAGUACGUCGCCGUCUACCAGGAGUUAACGCCAGACUGGAUCUGCUCAAUUCUGGGCAUUCUCAAAAUCGGAGCUGUUUACGUGCCACUGGACCCAGGCACGCCCGUUGCCCGGCUCGCCAUGGUUGUGGCUACAUGCCAUCCUGCUGCCCUUCUCGUGGACAAAACGACACAAUCUGGUAGUACCGCCCUUGCCCUCGCCCUCGAUACCUACCCCACUACCGUGAUCGAAGUGUCAACAGUCCUAGAGCCUGCAUUUAAGCCCAACAACCUCCAGCGGCGGAUACAGACCGUGCCGGAUGCCCGCGACCCAGCCAUCGCCCUCCACACGAGUGGCACCACGGGAACUCCCAAGGUCAUUGUCCUGACACACGCCAACCUUGCCAACGAGGUCGAAUCCUCGACCAAGACCUACGGGCUGGAUUCCAACGUCACCGUCCUGCAGCAGAGCGCAUCCGGUUUCGACAUGUCGGUCCUGCAAAUCAUGCUGGCCCUGGCUUUGGGCGGGACGCUUGUAGUUGUGCCGCGCGGGUUUCGUGGAGACGCCGUGGCCGUGACCGAGUUCAUCGCCGAGCACAAGGUGACGUACACGUGCGCGACCCCGACCGAGUACCGCAGCUGGUUCCGGCACGGCGACUGCGCGGCUCUGCGGCGCUCUCACUGGUCCGUCGCACUUAGCGGUGGCGAGGCCGUCGACCAUUCACUCCUCGGUGCCUUUCGCGAGCACUUUGGGGUCGGUGCCGAGUCGUCGCCCGAGAACAUGCGGCCUUUCAGGCUGUUCAACGGCUAUGGCCCCGCCGAGACAACUUGCUGCUCCGCCUCCAUCGAGCUCACAUCCAUGCUUACAUCCUCGGCCACGACCCCGGCCACGAUCCCGGCCGGACCUGCCUGUGCCAACGAGUCCGUCUACAUCCUCGACGAGGAGAUGCGCCCCCUGCCACUCGGCCUGCCCGGCGAGAUCUGCAUCGGCGGCGUGGCCGUGGCGCGCGGAUAUUUGGAAUUGGGCGAACAGCCGGUCCUCACCGCCCGAGCCUUUGUUCGGAAUCCCUUCGCCACCCAAGAAUACAUACGCAAGGGAUGGACAACCAUGUUCCGCACCAGAGACAGAGGCCGCCUCCUGCCUGACGGAUCUCUAGUCGUCGAGGGCCGGAUUGGCGACGACACCCAGAUCAAGAUCCGCGGCGCUGUUGCUGUUGCGCGGACGACGACGACCUCGUGCUCAUCCGCUGCAGAGCAAGAUUCCAAGUUUGUCGUUGGCUACGUCGUCUUGGAUGCCGAGUUCCUCAGUCAUGACGUGCAGCCACUUGAAGAAGGACCAACUGCGGCAACUUCACGAGUACAGGGAUACCUGGCUCGCCUCCUCUCAGACCUGCCACUCCCGCGUACCGUCCGACCCAGCAUGCUCAUUCCGAUUGACAAAGUGCCACGCACCACUUCUGGAAAGACGGACCGACGCGCGCUAGCGGUCCUGUCUCUCGACCAAUCGUCCGCCUCCUCCAAUACCACACACCAAGAACAGCCCCUAACAGACAUGGAGCUGCGCGUCCAGGCCAUAUGGGAGCAGGUCUUGAACUCCCAGCCUCAUCCGGGUGAACAUGUCAAUCACCAUAAUACAUAUGAGACCCCCCUUGUCACGGCGCAAGAUACCGACUUCUUCCACGUUGGCGGGACGUCAAUGCUGCUCCUAGAUCUACGGCAGCAGAUCAAAAGACAGCUGGGACUCUCGGUCCCAUUGAUGCAAUUGUUUGAGCACAGCACGCUGGGCGCCAUGGCCACCUUUCUCACCGCGCAGGAAGCGAAUCAGCAAGCUAAUAUUGUUGCUGCUUCACCCCAACCCCGAAUCGACAUCGACUGGGAGGCUGAGGCGACUCCUUCUGAUGAACUUCGCCAGCUGGCGGGGCAAUUCCAAACCCCCCUCCCGCGCAGUAGCAGUAUCAUUGACGAAGCUGAGGCCGAGACAAACCACACCGCGCCAACGGUGAUCCUCACAGGCGCUUCAGGCAUUCUCGGACGCCAGGUCCUCCACCGCCUUCUAGCCUCGCAGCGAACCGGCACCAUCGGCAAAAUCAUAUGCGUCGCCCUGCGACAGAUCAAAUCCCGCGUCGCCUCAAACGCCCUGCCGGCCCCAACAACGCACCUAAUCUACCUGCCUGGCGAUCUCCGGCAAAAGCGGCUGGGCCUGACGCCAGCCGAGUGGGCAUCUGUCGCGGCGCAGGCAGACACCAUCGUCCACGUCGGCGCCGAGGUCUCCCACACCAAGACCUACGCCACGCUGCGGGCCGCCAACGUGGACGCUACCGCCGAGCUGGCGAGGCUGUGCCUUGAGGCGGGGGUAUUAUCGCGUCGUCCAGUUCCCUUCCACUUUGUCUCGACGGGCGAGAUCCCCAUGCUCGGGUCGUCGAACGGGACCGAGGAGAGCGAGACGCUGAUACUCUACGAGGAGUCGGUACGGUCUGCCCAGGUGGUACCCGACCAAGGGGAUGCGGUCGCUAGGGGUUACGCCGCCACCAAGUGGGUGGGCGAGAGGAUGCUUGAGAACCUCGCCGAUAUUUCUGGCGGUAUCGCUAGUACUAAAGCGGGAUCCUUCCGCGUCUGGAUCCACCGGCCCUCGGCCAUCACGACGCCGCAGGACGAGACGGCCGUGGGGCCUGACGCGCCCAUCCUCCCGAGGAUUUUGUUUUACUCGCGCCUGUUGAGGGCCGUCCCUGGGGACGGGACCAGCGGUGGGUUUGGAAUCCGGGGCUCGAUGGACUUUGUACCGCUGGAGAAGGUGGCUGAGGAUAUUGUCAAUGUCGUUGUGGAGGCUGCCAGCAGCACUCAGGCUGUUGGCGAUAUUGAUGAUGAUGACGUGAAGGAGGCUGACACCACUGACAACACUCGGGCGGUGACCAGGGGUGUUCAAAGCGGGGGAGUCACGUACGUACAUCACACAGGGGGCACCGUCAUGGAGCUGGCGACGUUGCGGAAGGUCCUGGAGGCAGAGGAGGAGAAGGCCACCGGGCAAUCGGAGAGGUAUCUUGCUGAUGGGGAGGAGACAAGGGCAAGGCGGUUCGAGGUCCUGCCGUUUAAGGAGUGGACGGACAAGGCGGAGGCGGCCGGCUUGCACCCGCUGCUUGCCGGGUUGUUUCGGGGGGUUGAGCAGCAGAAGAGGGCGGUGGUUUUUCCUAGGUUUGUUAAAGGUCCCAGGUAG